CGGCGUCAAUGCUUGCCUGUGUUACUAAUGUUCAACUUGUGUGAAAAGAGAGAAACGCCUCUUCCUUCUUCGUAUGUUUAUCAUAGUUUUGGCAGACCGAAUGUGCGACCGCCUCGUAUGAAGACUACUUAACUGUGUAGUGCCUAUCGGACUAAACUUCUUCCUAGGCCUGCCACUAGGUGAAGUUGAUACAGGACUUUCACCGCCGUCUUGUAGGGUAAAUAACAUUUAAAAAUAAUAAUUUCACGCAAUAUAACGGAACAAACUCGCUACGAAUGAUUAAAGAUCGUAUUGAUAUGUCAUGGUAUGUUACGCCCUAAUGUUUGUUACUCAGCUGGUGGAGAGUUUGAACAGCCAAGUAUGUCCACGUCAAUAAGAAGGCAAUCGAGUACAUGAAAGUAAAUGGCUACGUCAGAUUUUAUUCCAGUCCUGUCAAAUCAUCCGCCACCAUCACCAACACCAGAGUGGUCAUCAGAGCCAGUUCCCCUGAAAGAAUUCUCCUCCAAACGACAAGUUCCUGGGUUCGCUAAAAUCGUCAAAGGGAACUACAUGACGCUAGGCUCCAACAAAUUCUCCUUUCAAAAACAAUACCACGAGGUGUUUAUACAUUCGGUCAAAGUUGGGGUCAAAGUUCUCGCGCAUUGUCUGCGUCGUGUGGACGCCACAAGCAUAUCCCGGCGCGGCAACCACAACGUGUACACCACGACCAGACUUUACGCCGUCGACCAGCGACUGGCUAUCCCCAUCUCUUACCAGGGCUGGUUUGAGCUGUUGUCUGAGGAUGGCAAGUCGGCCCGUCCAAUCACCAGCGUCCAUGAACUGGCCAGGAUCAAACCAGACCGCUGUCUGGUGCGAGAAAACACCAAGGCUUACAUCAUGAGUGAGGAUGAGAAGUUCACCUUUGAUAAAACCAAAAUCGUCAUUGCCGGUGAGCAGCUCGUCCUGAAUGGCGAAGUGUCACUCCCCGCCCCGGCUGAAAACAAAAAGAUCAAAUUGUUGCGUUGUUUUGAUUCCAAGGGGGAGUUAAUUUAUCUGAGCUUCGACCAGAAAGCCACUUUCACGCCCAUCGCUGGUGAAGAAGACUUUGUUGGCGUGUUCAACAUUCGAGACAUUGUGCGCCGUUUUCGACUUCCAUUAACUGUCAAACUAGUCCAGGGAGUCCGGCCAAAGGUGGACCCGUCACGGUUUACCGGUCUCAUUCGUUUAGAUUGGGUGUACACAGACGAAACAGCUUUUGUGUGUCCUGUUGAUAAAAAUAUCAUCCGUCUGCUUCCCGUGCCAACAGAUAGCAACUUGCAACUAGUAUCAGCAUUAAAUCAACAAGCAAUGAAGUCGACAGAGCUGUACAGGUCUAUGAUAGUCAAAUGUAAUCGCAUGAUCACGAAUUACAACAACACACUCCAUCUGAUCGUACAAGUCCCUGACGCGGCCUCCAAAGGAAAAGGCAAAUCCAACGCUAAUGUCUUUUCUAUGCAGCUGUCAGCGCCAGCAUACCAGCCCUCGGGUGGUCGGACCAAGUCUCGAGAACAUCUGCUCAUGGACGAGAUUGACGACCUGUACGCCUACGUCAGGGAUGGAGGAGCUCCGCCUACCAAGUUCACCUACGAUUCUGAUGAAGAAAGCUACUGGGAAGAGCCGGCGUACGAACCGCUCGAUGACUUCCGGGCCAGGCUUAAAGCGUUAGAAGCCGGCGAACGAGUCAGUUACCAUGUUAAAUAUCAGCCUCAAGAUCCCAGUCAACUCAAGCUGGAUGUGGACAAUGACUUGAGAAAAAGUACUGAAAAUUUACUAGAGGGCAGGGAUGGUUUACCCGAUGUCCAUCCGAACAAAACAUCCCCAACCCCACCGGCUCUGCCCCCACGACCUCCAGAUCUCCUGGCAUACCCACACCCAUCAGGCGAGCGGUUUAGCAGCAGUGAGCAUACCAAGCCAUUUAGCUCUUCCACGCAAAUCAUUCUGUCCAGAAACUCUCAGUCAGAACACAACGUGACGCGGGUGUCCAACUUGGGCAUGGUGUCAUCCAACCAUUCCUCUCACAGUUCACAGGAAUCCAAAAGUCCAGCCAAAAUCUUCGCUCGUUCUAAAAGUGCAGCGGAAGUCCUUGCUCCGAAGAAAGAGCACCUCCUACCACCUCCCAGCACGGGAGCAAACUCCAGCUCGACCUCGGGUAGCAGCGGAAACGGCCACCGGAAUCACAUAGCUCGAGAUUUUAAAGAUUCGGACAUUAGCUCGAUGACACGAGGGGCAUCUUCGGGUUCUUCCGGUGGACCCGCAUCUAACAUUCGGAAAAAAAUGCAGACACUCUACUUGUGAUCUGUGUUGAUACUUCAUUUUCGUCAUCUCAAGUCAUGUUUUUAAAAUGUUAGUGUACUUUUCUGUUGUGCCUUUUAUUUCAGUGAUAUUUAAAAUGGGAACAUCAAGCAUUUAUUAUUUAAACGCACAGAAUGUACCAGACCACAACUGGAUUGAGUACCUCAAAUAUUUUCAAAGUCACCAAAACUAGGCCUAAAGGUAUUGUACCUCUAAAGUAGGCCUUCAUGUAUAGUAACUCAAAAGUAGGCCUUCAUGUAUAGUAGCCUAUACGAUGUAGAUAUCAGUUUUUACACUUUUAUUGUGACAUUGCUUAGUUGUGAUAUUUUAAAUUGCGUUGUAUUAUUUUAGUCACCCAACAAAUGUUGUGCUAUCUGCAUAAAAUGGCAAUCAACGAUAAUUGUCUAAUAAAUUAUUAUGUAAACAUGAAAUGAUUGUGUAACUGGCGCGGGAAUGUAUAAAAUGUGAACCCUCCCUGGCCCAUAUUAGCAAAAUAACAAAUGUCUAGAAUGCUUUACAAGAUAUUGGCUUAUAAUUUCGCCAGAUUCCUACAUUUGAAAUGAUUUUACAAGUGGUUUAAUUCGUGUGUAGAUUUAGUAUGCACUUAAACCAAUACAAGCAGUAAUCAAACCGUACAUGUAUACAUUUCUAGUUUAACAAUAGGAUUCACUCAAUAUAUACUAGAAAGUAACAAAAAAAAAAAAAAAACUCGCAAAAA